AUGGCUUCAGCAUCUCAUGCGUCAUUAUCAGCAACAGAAAUCGUCAAUAGUCGUAUUCCAUUAGGUGCAACAAAAGAACAAUAUCAAAAAUGGAUAUUACAGAAACAUCAUUGUCUUCCAAAUGAUACUACUUUUCAUCGUUUAGUUCAAUCUGGCUUAGUCGAUGAAAUGGUUGCAGUUCUUGGAGAACGUGAACAUCGAAAAGGAUACAAUUAUCGACUCAAUGAACUUCGCCUUCAUUCUUCCGAUGAGGAUGACGAUGACGAAGACGAAGAUGAGUCACCUACAAAAAAGUUUAAACCAAAUACACUUUUACAAUGUGAUUCUGCAACACAGGCUGUAUCUGAUACAACAUGA